ACCUCCCUCUGUUUCUCCAUCAUCAUUAAACCUUCUUUUUCUGCUUUUUCUUCUUCUUUCAUCUCCUCUGUUUGCUAGAUCUUAACUACCAACAAUAAUGGCGGUCGCUGCACCUUCAGCUACCGUAGUGUCGUUCUACUCCGCAACAUCUCCGAGUAGGAGACCCCGGGCAAGGAUGGCCGUCCGAUCUACCGGCCUUUCUGUCGUCCCUAUGCUGAUUAGUCUACAAAACACUUGCGCCACACCUCUACCUGUCCUGCGCCUAGUGGCAGACGCCAUGACUGCCGAUAUGCGAGCUGGGCUCGCUGUGGAUGGGGGCAGCGAUCUUAAGAUGAUUCUCAGCUACGUCGAUAGCUUGCCUUCUGGGGAUGAGAAGGGCUUGUUUUACGCUUUGGAUCUUGGUGGCACCAACUUCCGGGUGUUAAGGGUUCAAUUGGGAGGAAAAGACAACCGUGUCAUUGACACUGAAUUUGAACAAGUAACCAUUCCUCAAGAAUUGAUGUUUGGUACCUCUGAGGAAUUGUUCGAUUUCAUUGCAACAGGGUUGGCUAAUUUUGUACAAAAGGAGGGGGGAAGAUUUCACCUGCAUCAUGGGAGGAAAAGAGAGAUUGGGUUUACGUUUUCUUUUCCUAUCAAUCAAACUUCUAUUGAUUCUGGCACAUUAAUCAAAUGGACCAAGGGCUUUGCGGUCUCGGGAACGGCAGGAAAAGAUGUAGUUGCUUGCUUGAAUGAAGCUAUGGAAAGACAACAAUUAGACAUGCACGUAUCUGCCUUGGUCAAUGAUACAGUUGGGACACUUGCUGGGGCAAGAUACUGGGAUGAUGAUGUAAUGGUUGCCGUCAUUUUGGGGACUGGAACGAAUGCAUGCUAUGUAGAACAUAUGGAUGCUAUUCCAAAACUGCAGGGUCAGAGGCCUAGUUAUGGAAGAACGAUUAUCAAUACUGAGUGGGGAGCUUUUUCAAAUGGUCUUCCUUUAACAGAAUUUGAUAAAGAAAUGGAUGCUGCAAGCAUAAAUCCUGGUGAACAGAUAUUUGAGAAGACAAUAUCUGGUAUGUACCUUGGUGAAAUCGUCAGAAGAGUGUUAGUCAAAAUGGCUGAAUGUGGUGCUUUAUUUGGUGAAUCUGUUCCAGAAAAGCUCCCCACACCUUUCAUAUUAAGGACACCUGAUUUAUGUACCAUGCAGCAGGACAAAUCUGAUGAUCUGGAAGCAGUUGGCUUGAUUUUAAGAGACAUUUUUGGGGUGAGUGCCAAUUUAAGUGCAAGGAAGAUAGUACUAGAAGUCUGUGAUACCAUUGUGAAGCGAGGUGGACGACUGGCUGGAGCAGGAAUUGUUGGGAUUCUCCAAAAAAUGGAACAGGAUACUAAUGGUCUCAUAUUCGGGAAAAGGACAGUGGUGGCAAUGGAUGGAGGCUUAUAUGAACACUACCCUCAGUAUAGAAGAUAUCUCCAAGAUGCAGUAAUAGAGCUUCUAGGAUCUGAAAUAUCAAAGAAUGUAAUCAUAGAACAUACAAAAGAUGGGUCUGGAAUCGGAGCAUCUCUGCUUGCUGCUGCAAACUCCAGAUAUAGAAAUCAAUUCUAGGAGAGGAGGGUGACCCAAUACUC